UCUAUCCAUGGUGGUCCAAAACCAGAAGGACGUAUUAUUACACAGAUGACCAUAUCUACAAGGGUGUGCGUUUUAAUUUGUAUAUAACUGAAACUACGGAGAUUGAAGGGAAUAAAUACUUCUUUGUUAAGUACCCCCACCAAUCCAUCGUCUUUUUACUUCGUUUUGGGGAGCUCGUUGGAGUACCCUGUUUUUGAACAGAGGUUCCAUGGCCACCGGUGUUUCGGUUACUUCAAGCUCAAUAGCGGACCGCUUCAAGCAAAGGACUUUCCGGAUUCCCAGACCCAAUUCUAGACCGAUCCCCUACGCGCUUAGACUAACUUUCCCUACCCGUUUGCAGAGAAGAAGUUGGAAAGCCAAGAACUUGAGACUAUGCUUGGUCAUGGAGAAGAAAACAGAGGAUGUCAUUCAAGUCGAGAAGGAAAACACUGUCGAAUCGGCUGAUAAUAUAAAGAACCAAGUCGCAGCCUCCCGUGUGACAGAGAGGUUAGCAAGAAAAAGAUUCGAAAGAUACACGUACCUGGCCGCUGCAAUCAUGUCCAGCCUUGGAGUCACUUCCACGGCAGCUGUGGCUAUUUUCUACAAAUCUUCUUGGCAAAUGGAGGGUGGAGAAUUCCCACUCUUCGAAAUGUUGGGUACGUUUGCUCUUUCUGUGGGUGCUGCUGUGGGGAUGGAGUUUUGGGCUAGGUGGGCUCACAGAGCGUUUUGGCACGCUUCAUUGUGGAAUAUGCACGAGUCUCACCACCGAGCGAGGGACGGUACCUUUGAGCUCAACGAUGUUUUCGCCAUAACCAAUGCGGUUCCAGCAAUUGCUCUGCUUUUUUACGGCCUCUCUCACAAGGGACUAAUUCCAGGACUCUGUUUCGGUGCCGGUCUAGGAAUCACAGUGUUUGGGAUGGCCUACAUGCUUGUGCACGACGGGCUCGUUCACCGUCGAUUCCCAGUAGGACCCAUUGCCAAUAUCCCUUAUUUACGAAGAGUUGCUGCAGCCCACCAUCUUCAUCACUCGGAUAGAUUUGGUGGCGUCCCAUAUGGGUUGUUUUUGGGUUCAAAGGAACUAGAAGAAGUUGGAGGAAUGGAAGAGUUGGAGAAGGAAAUCCAACGAAUGAUUAGGCAAUCCAAAGGUUCUUGAAUGGUCAACUAUAGAGAGGGAUUACUACUCAAUUAUCUUUUGUCAAAAUCUGUAAAUUAAACUCAUUGGUAACGAUUUAUCUGUGUCUUAGUUCAAGUCAUUUAA